AUGUCGAUGUUUCCAUCGUUUCAGCUGCUUGAGCUGAACAUCAUCUCAGCUCAGGACUUGGCUCCUGUUUCCCGCAAGAUGAAGACUUAUGCGGUGGCUUGGGUUCAUUCCGAGCGUAAACUCACCACACGAGUUGAUUACAAUGGCGGAGCAAACCCGACCUGGAAUGACAAAUUCGUAUUCAGAGUCAACGACGAGUUUCUUUACGCCGAUACUUCCGCCGUCGUCAUUGAAAUAUAUGCAUUGCAUUGGUUCCGAGAUGUCCAUGUAGGCACAGUUCGUGUCCUCAUUAGCAAUCUCAUCCCGCCUAAUCGUCGUCCGGGAUACAGAACCAACAACAAUGAGUUCCGUCGCACGCCGCCUCCGGGAAUGAGGUUUGUAGCGCUUCAGGUUCGUCGUACCUCAGGUCGACCUCAAGGGAUUUUGAACAUUGGUGUUGGAAUACUCGACGGCUCUAUGCGAAGUAUGCCGCUUUAUACGCAUAUGGAUUCAUCUGCUGUGGGAUAUAGAGAUUUGCUUGGAGAAGAAGAUCAUCAUCUACAACAUUUGCAUUUAAAUAGCAACAAAGGGAGCUCAAAGAAUCCACAAUCUCCUGUUUCAAGACAGUUUAUGUCUGUAGUCUCAAGGCCGGAGCUCCGUCGUACAAAGAGCGACACGAGCUCGAUGGUUGUUUCAGAUCUUCUGAGCAGAGCUGAACGAAGCCGUUUGGCUAAUAGACAGCCAGCGAGCGUAGUAGUGAGCACCGAAUCUGAAACUGCACCCACCACGACGGACUCCGAUGCUGAGAAAUCAAACGAUAAUAUGCCUUAUAACGAAACCCAUAAAAUUGGAAAACAAGGAUACGAUUCGAUCGAAUCAGACCUGGUAGAUCCAUCCCCAGGGAUUAAACCCAAUGCGGAGGUGCAUAGAAGGGAGAGUCACGAUGAUCCACCUUACGGUUCACACCAUCAAUCCCGUAAGACGCCGAGAAAGACAGCGAUGAACGAGAGACAAAGAUCUAUGAAGGAUUACGAGCGUGGCCGUGCUUCUCCCUACUUAUCGAGGCAUGGAACACCAUUGAGAUCAAAUAUCGUCGCGUCUACUCCGAUGCGGUCGUCUAACGGGAUUAAAUCGACUCCUAUGAGAUCAAAUAUCGUCGCAAUGUCACCAAUGCGUCCCAACAUGGUGGAAUCGACACCGAUGCAAACUCCAAUGCGGUCCAACAUGUAUGGGUCAACUCCGAUGAGGUCGAACAUCGUCGGAUCUACUCCAAUGAGAUCAAGUUACAAGGCUACACCGAUGAAAACUCAUCACGAUUUUGGUACACCGAUGAGAUCUAAUUUAGCCGGAAAAAGAAUCUUAACCGAAUCGGAGUUAGGUCCGUCUCCAUCAGAAGUGGCUGCAAAAAUAGCGAAAGAGAAAUCUCACGAAACGGAAAGCUCAAUAUUGAGCGAGUGGAGCGUCGACGAAUCUAGCAUCGAAGGAUUGCGUUCAAAGCUCGAGAGAUGGAGAAUGGAGCUUCCACCAUUAUACGACAUAGGAUCAAGCCAAGUAAGCAGCAGCAAUUUCAAUGGUUCAAUUGUACCUGCCGCCACUACAACAGGAGGAAGGAGUUCGAGGCGUAAAACCCCGGCGGUUAAGAAGCAUAACCGACGUCACACUGACGGAGGUAACGGGCUAUUUUCAUGUUUUAGUAAGAUCUGCGGUGUGGAAUGCAGUUUCGUAUGUGGUGGUGGUGGUAGCCCAAUGGACCCUGAGGAGUCCAAGAAAGGUGGGACCGGGCGUGGGCACCGCACUUAUUCUGCUGAUGAUCUGAGUUUCGUGUGA